AUUAAUAUUGAAUAUUGAUAGUUAAUUAUUUGUUAAUAGUUAUUAAUUUUUAUAAUUUCUAAGUUGAUUAACGUAAAUGGACUUUUUUUUAUUGUGAUAUUGUGUUUUUAAUUUUAAUCGUUUCCAUACCCUAAAAUGCACAUUAAACAUAUUGGCAUAGAUGAAAAUCUGGAAAAUGAAGUAGAAGGAAUCGACUCGGUAAAUUCGACAGUUGAGCGAUCAGAUAUCGUUAAUCCACCAAGGGCAGAAAAAUCUAAAAAAAACGAUGCAAAGUUAACUACUGAGUUGUUGCUGUCGGUGCGUGAUCAUUUUAAACGACCGAAAAUAGAAGAAGAUCGGUUUGACGUUAUUUCAAAAGGUUUUGCUAUGAGAUUGAGGGAAUUGGAAAAAAGGCAGCGAAUCAUUGCUGAAAAGUUGAUUAAUGAUAUCCUUUUUGAGGCUGAAAUGGGUAGCUUGACAUUAAACCAUAAGUUCACAACAGCAGCAGAAACUACAUCAAGCUUUUACUCGCGAAAUCAUAGUUCAAAUUCCAAUUUUAGUACAAAUUUCUAAUUUGAGUUCAAAUUCCAGUUUUUCUGAAAAUGGUGUCUACGUGUAUCAAGAAAAUGAUGAUUUUGCUGGCAACACAACUAAUUAACAUCAAACUCAACCAGAAAAUGCUGCUUGUUAUAUAACUAAUUUUAUGAACUCGCUUGAAAACUAAACU